UCUGGACUUGCGAAACUGGUUGUGGAUUUCCCUCCCGAGCGACGACUGUGCUUCCACAACAACGCCCACGAGAUUAUCGACUUCCCAUUCGAGAAAUACCAGACCAAUCACCACGCGACUAAGCCCGAUGUCGUCGCAUCCCUUCCUGGCCAAACGUUCUCAGGGAGAUUUCGCGAUCGCUGGCGGAACAUCUCCAUCGUGUUCGAGGCGAAGAGCACCGAGAAGGCCGUCCCCAAGCAAUAUAGGUCGCAGGAGAACGAUGAGGCUCUGGUACAAUUAGCCAAGAGUGCACGAAACAUCCUAGUCGCUCAAAGCAGGUUGUUUGUCUUCGUCAUCGGCGUAUAUGGGGGAGACGCACGGAUUUACCGUUUCGACCACGCGGGCGCUGUCUGCUCGCCGGCGUUCAAGUACUCGGAGAAGGGUGGCGCGGUUUUGCACGAGUUCCUAUGGCGUCUUGUCAACCCACUCCACGAAGGGUGUGACAUCGUUGGGGCCGACCCGACUGUCCAACUACCAACGCGAGACGAUCGGGAGGAGCUGGAGGCAGCACUACACGCGGGAGGUGUGCAGUAUGACGAACACGUGUGGAAGAUGUGCCGCUGGGUCACUGUCAGGGGUGCGGGCGGAAUGUACGACUUCAGGUAUCUCCUGUAUGACCUGGUGUUCAUCAACCCUGGUCUCUUCUCCCGCGCCACGACGGUAUGGUCGGCUCUGGAGGUGGACAGUCAGGGCCAACCUACUGGUGUUCGCAUGGACGAAGACGGGCGGCCGGCCGGCGUUCAGGUCAUCAUCAAGGAUUCGUGGCAACAGCUUGCGCGACGACCGGAGACGGAACAUUACGAGCAGAUU